CCAGGGAAGAGAAUUAAACCUUUCAAGUUUAUUGCCGUUGUUUUCUUGAAAUAAUUUGAGAGAAUUUUAGUAUGGUGAAUAAACAAGACGAUUCAUCAACAUCACUGCCUGCUUCAUCUUCUCGCCGCGCAAAUUCUCCCAAAAAUGUCCGCCACCUCAAGACCAACGUCGGUUGCAUAUCCGGCAUUUUCCGCUUUGUUUAUGGUUACAACAACCGCCGCCAUGGCAAAUUCAUCACUUCUGGGAAAAAGCAGGAGAAGAACUCGGCUUCUUCGUCGUUAGAAGAAGAGAGGAAAACCGCAAAUGGACCUCCAAGAUCCUCGCACAGUGUACCGAGGAGUCCGACUUUGCCGGCGGAGAUCCGACGGUCGAUCACCGUAAAGUCACCGGAGAACUUGCAAACUACUCCGCCGUCCGCGGUUCUGACGGCUGAAUCAGCUGCGGAUAAGAGGAGGAAAUUACUUGAAGCGUUGGAGAAAUGUGACGAGGAUUUAAAAGCUCUGAAGAAGAUCAUUGACGUUGUGAAGAGCAGUGUCAGUACCAUUGCUGACGAAGAAAAUAAUAACAAAAAUAAUGAUGAGAAUUUUGGUGGAAGAGAUAACAAGUGUUUGGAGCUUAACGGAGAGUUGCAACCGAGUCCGGUGUCCGUGCUUGAAGAUUUCAUGACAACGGCGAGUCUGAUGAGCGGCUACUCUCGACGUUACACAAACGGACGAGUAAUGCAACAACAGAUGAAGCAGAGAAGCCGAAGAAAAAGCCCCGAGAAGAUGACGAAAUAGAGCAGCAUAUUUUCUGGAUGAAUUAGAGGUGAAUCAAAUCAAACAAUCAAGAGUAGUAGUGGUGAUCAUCAAGAGAAGGUAACAUCACCUAUGUGGGCGAGCAAGGCGAUAGAGAGAGCGUAAAUGAAGUGUGUAAAGACAUUGCAUGGGGUGAGAAGAGGGAGAUUGGAAGAAUUGGAUUGGUUUUACAAGAUCGUAUUUGCAGAGAUUUGAUGAAGAGAUUGUUAGAGAACUUGAAUGUUUUCCAUGUUUUCACUUCCUUUUGAGGCUUGUAAAAGGAGUCUGCGUUUCUAGCUAGAUAAUUCUUGUUUGUUCUUCAACUUAUAUUCUUUUGGAAAGAGUUGUAAUAGUUUGAAUAUGAGUUUCCAAUUUCUAGACUUGUAAAAAGGUAUA